UACAGGUGGCAUGCUUUUAAGUGAAGAAAAUUAUUAGAAAAAUUGACUGUGCCCAGGGAUUUGACUCAAACUCGGGCGUCAUUUUCUGUCGGUUCGACUGUAAAUACACGUAACGCGGUCUUCAGCGUUAGGCUACACGCUAUGAAGGCUGAAGAACUCUACCAACUGAAUUAUUGGUCCCUCUUUGACUGGCACAUUCUCAGUUUGGGUGUGUUUUAGUUCACACACACCAUCUUAUGUCCCUUGGAGCUACCAACAGAAAUAUUGGCUUCUGUUUGACCAGUCCAUUGUCAGUUUGGGUGUUAUUUAGUUCGCCAUCUUAAAUCAAAUUAUAGAUGCUUAAAGCUCUUAGUCUAACUCUGAUAUCACAUGUUGAGCUAUGAUUCAUAUAAACCAGCUAAGAUUUGAUUAGGUUUUUCAAUUUGUUGUUGGAUUGAUCUACCAAUUAAGCUACCAGCUCUUCUUUGGCCAGCCUAUUGUCUUUCAAAGUGUGACUUAUUUCCAACAAGAUAGCAGAUAAUGGAAAGAUAUGUGAGCUUCACUGGACUGGUUCUUGUGACCAUACUCCUGUCUUUGGGACAAAAAGAGGCAGAUUGUUUGAAGAUGCAAAUGAAGAUGAUUCACAGGCAUUCACCACACAGUCCAGUGUACAGGGAGUUCGCUAGCAGGCAUGAGAGGCUGCAAGAACUGCUGCAUCUGGACUCGGUGAGAAUAAGAUCUACGCAUUGGGCAAAGAAUAACAUGAGCAUGGAUUCUGAGCCUGCUGCAGCUCCCUCUCCUGCUACAACACCCUUCUACAUGGAAUUAACCUCUGGGGCCACUCUGGGGGCUGCUCUGUAUUUCGUAGAGCUCUACAUUGGGACUCCUCCUCAGAGAGUUCUUCUGGUUGCUGACACAGGCAGUGAUCUCAUAUGGGUAAACUGCAAUGGCAAUGGUAGAUCAAGGACAAAUAUCACUGGGUUCCCUGUAUUCAGUCCUGAUAAUUCAUCCACAUUAUCCUACGUCCCCUGUUAUUCAAGAGACUGCUAUGCUGUGUCUCCAGACUUAGGAUGCAUCUUCAGACCCAAAAGGGCCUGUCGGUACAGUUAUGGGUAUCUGGACAACUCCUCAACCAGUGGGCCCUACAUUCAAGAAACCAUUACACUGGUCUCAUCCCCAGGGCACCCAUUCAAGGCCCAGAACAUCUUCAUGGGCUGUGGGAUGAAUAACCAGGGGCAGAGCCAAGUGGGUUCUGGGGGGGUCCUGGGAUUAGGACAGGGCUUCAAUUCCUUUGCUACCCAAACAAGCCGCUUCUAUGGAUCCACCUUUUCUUACUGCCUGUCAGACUACCUCCAGCCCACAACCCUAAAAACCUCUCUUUUCUUUGGAGAAAGAAUUGAGAAUCCUACUUCUUCAUUGCAACAAUCUCUGCAAUAUACUCCAAUUCUGAAGGGAAAAUCCUCAUUCUACUAUGUGGGUGUUGAAGAUGUGACAGUAAAUGGCGAAAGUCUUCCAAUAUCCAGCAGUUUGUGGGAGAUGGAUGAAGCUGGCAAUGGGGGCACCAUAAUUGACUCUGGAACAUCGCUUACUUAUUUUGUAGAGGAGGCAUACGAAAUAGUGAUGGAGGCCCUGCGGGUCUCAACUGGGUAUCCGAUUGUUACAACAAAGUCUCCACAGAGAUUCGAUCUCUGCUUCAACGUUUCCGGAAUAAGCAAUCCCAAGUUCCCUGAAAUCUCAAUAGUUUUGAAAGGGGGAAUCAGAUUUACACCAUCUGAGAGCAAUUAUAUGCUGGAUAUUGAAGAUGGUGUGAGAUGCGUGGGCUUCAAUCCGCUUGGAAGUCAGUCGAUAAUUGGGAACCUUUUACAGCAGAAUUUCUUCAUUGAGUAUGAUCGGCGUCGUUCCCUUCUUGGAUUUGCUCCAGCAAAUUGUUCACUCAUAACUGGGUGAAUUUUAAUUCACAAGGUAAAACUUUGUUCUUGAAUUGAUUUUACGGUGUAUGAAUAUGAGAUUGUUUUGACAGUGUAUGAAUUAUGUCAAAAGCUUCUGGUUAUAAUGGUGUUUUGGCUUUU